CUGUCGAGUGAGUACGUGCCAGCGAUGGACGGGGGAUCUGGCGAGAUGAGGGGCCUGUCCAGCCAGCGGAUGGACGAUGAGGCCACUCGCACCUCGGCCUCGGAGGGGCUGGAGGAGGGGGAGGUGGAGGGGGAGACGCUGCUGAUCGUGGAGUCAGAGGACCAGGCCUCUGUGGACCUCUCCCAUGACCACAGCGGGGAUUCCCUCAACAGCGACCUCGGCGACGAGCCCGACUCCAGCUGGACGGAGGAGAUGUCCUUCUACUGUGAUAAGUGUCACAAGUGGAUCCCAGCCGGUCAGCUGCGAGGAGACCAGCCCAGCUACCUGAAAGGCGACAACUUCUUUAAGUUCACCUGCUGUGAGUGCUCAGAGGAUGACAAGGAGCACUUUGAGAGGAUGAGGCUCACCUGGCAGCAGGUGGUCAUGCUGGCCAUGUACAACCUCUCGCUGGAGGGCACCGGCCGACAGGGCUACUUCCGGUGGAAGGAGGACAUCUGUGCCUUUAUCGGGAGACACUGGACCUUCCUUCUGGGAUCCAGGAAGAAGACAUCCACAUGGUGGAGCACAGUGGCGGGGUGUUUGUCGGUGGGGAGCCCCAUGUUCUUCCGUUCUGGAGCCCAGGAGUUUGGGGAGCCAGGCUGGUGGAAGCUGGUACACAACCGACCACCCACCCUGAGGCCCGAGGGGGACAAGACCUCCGUCUCCUUGCUGAAGACAAAAGCCCCCUCCAAGCCCCCGCUGGACCCCAUCAUCACGGUGGAGGGCCUGAGGAAGCGCGGGGGGCGCAACCCGGUGGAGAGCGCCAUGCAGCUGAAGGAGAAGCGUUCGCGCACCCAGGAGGCGAAGGACAUCCGUCGGGCCCAGAAGGAGGCGGCCGGCUUCCUGGACCGCAGCGCCUCCUCCACGCCCGUCAAGUUCGGCAGCCGGGGUCGGCGGCCGGAACUGGUGCUGGAGAAGGGGGAGGUGAUCGAUUUCUCCUCCCUCAGCUCCUCGGACCGCACACCGCUCACCAGCCCCUCCCCGUCCCCCUCGCCUGACUUCUCCGCCCCCGGCACUCCGGCCUCCCACUCCGCCACCCCCAGCCUGCUGUCCGAGGCUGACCUCAUCCCGGACGUCAUGCCCCCCCAGGCGCUCUUCCACGACGAUGAAGAGCUGGAUGGGGAGGGUGUGAUCGACCCUGGAAUAGAGUACAUUCCCCCUCCCAGCCUGCCCCUGGCCACGGGCGCCCUGAUCAUGCGGAAGAAGCUGCAGCCGGCCGAUCACAUUAAGCAGGAGGUGGAGAGCGAGGAGGAGAGGGGCGGUGAGCGGGGCGAGGAAGAAUCAGACCGCGGCCCGGACGAGGGCGGAUCUGCACAGGCCAGCCGGGGCAGGGGGGACAGGAAGAAGCCGCUGUCCUCGGAGAGAGAGGACGGCUGCCCUGCGGCCGCCGCCAGCCCGCACUACGCCCCCCUGAGCCUGUACGAGGAGCGGCUGCUGCUGCGGCGGCUGGAGGCCUGCCCGCAGGCCCUGGCCGUCACCCCCGAGGCCAGGCGGCUGCACAGGAAGCUGCUGGUGCGGCAGGCCAAGCGCGAGAGGGGGCUCCCCCUGCUGGACCUGGACCAGGCUGUCAGCGCCGCGCUCAGCCUGGUGGGGGGUGUCUACGGCGCCCGAGAGGAGGCUGCAGGCCAGCGCGGGGGGGCCUCUGUGGGCACCUACCGUACCACCAGCCAGGACCUCCGAAUCCUCGAUCGGUUCCAGACCACUGUGUCCGCGAGGAAAGGGUACAAUCAGCCCACCACCUCUUUUUGGCAUCGGUUGAUGGGGUUGGACUGCACCCUCAACCAAGGCAUCAGAAGCCCCUACACCUCCCGCACCCUGAAGCCAUUCAUAAGGAGAGACUUUGAGAGCAAGCCGCUUAAAUUGCGCCUGCUGGCCGAGAUCAGAGCCUACCCCCACAGGAACGACCCCAGCUGGAAGCCCGAGCCAGAGGCCCCAAUCGACUACUGCUACGUCCGGCCCAACCACAUCCCCUCGGUCAACUCCAUGUGCCAGGAGAUCUUCUGGCCUGGCAUCGAUCUGUCAGAGUGCUUGCAGUAUCCAGACUUCAGUGUUGUGGUUCUGUACAAGAAAGUGGUCAUUGGGUUUGGGUUCAUGGUCCCGGAUGUGAAGUACAAUGAAGCCUACAUAUCAUUCCUGCUGGUUCACCCGGAGUGGAGAAGAGCAGGCAUUGCCACCUUCAUGAUUUACCAUCUUAUACAGACCUGUAUGGGCAAGGACGUGACCUUGCAUGUUUCUGCCAGUAACCCUGCCAUGCUGCUGUACCAGAAGUUUGGCUUCAAGACGGAGGAGUACAUCCUGGACUUCUAUGACAAGUACUACCCCGUGGACAGCAAGGAGUGUCGCCACGCAUUCUUCCUGCGCCUGCGCCGGUAAGGGCCUUUGACUCCGCUGGGCACCCCUCUCCUGGCUGACUGCGAGGGCACUGAGCCCGCCGUGCCUGAGUGCAGGGGCCCGCGGCCGUAGGAGCACAGAGAGAACUUCUUCUGUUUCGAGUGUGUGUCCAGAACCCUCGUUCCUGUGGUGAAAUCCAGACAGUUGUAGGAAAAAAACACCUCGCACUGAAAACGGUGCCCAGGCUGUUUUCUGUCUUCAGUUUCGACAGAGAAACAAAGGGAAUCUUCUCACAGAAAUGAUUUUCUUUUUUUAAUUUAGUGUUGUGUUUGGGCUGCAGCAUCCACGAAACGUGUUUCAAAGGUUAGUACAACAUCCAGGGAUUUACUCUGGGACUGUUUUUUCUUAUUUUAAGGACUGGUCAGUGUUAUCAGCAUUGUUCUUGAUUUUGGAAAGUCAUGUUUCUAAAUUAUCGGUCUUGUAAAUCCAUGUUUUUAAACAUUCUGAUGUGUAGCCCAUCUGUUACUUUUCCUAUUAAAAGUUUUUCUUACA